AUGAAUGUCGAAGAGGAGGAUGUCAAUUUCUUGAAAGUUUAACCCUUGUGGACAGGAUGUAGAAACACACCUUAUAUAAUACGAGCUGGAAUCAAUAUAGAUAAGUGCUUAAUUUGUACUAUUUAUAAAUAAGAUAUAGUCAUAACAAAUCUCAGAUAAUCAUGGAUUUGCAAGCUCAAUAAAGACCGCAUUUAAAAGGAUAAAGAACUUUACAAUAAAUCAAUAUAAACAACGAAUUUCUAAGGAGUGUUGGAUUUAUUAGAGUUGGCCCUCAAAUUUGACCCUCAAGCAGAAUACUCCUUCAAGUUGAAUGACUCUUCUUUGUAUUAUGGCUAUAGUAAUGUAAUCAAGAUCUACACUCUAACAUGGGUGUUCGAUUGCAAAAUCGUAGAUGACCAAUAUCAUAACAAAAUUCUUAUAAAUGACAUUAUUAAUCCUUUGUUGUUGACCAUCCAUUCCUUAGAAAAUAGAUGCAACAAUUAUAAAUCUGCGUUUUCAUAGUUAGAAUAGGAUUACAUAAAGAGAUUGAAUGAAAAAGAAAGAGCCUAAUAUAAAGUAAGAGACAAGGAUGAAGACUUGAGUGUAUACAUUUUAGAUGAUCAAAUUGACCAUGAGAAGAUAUGUUAAAUAAACUUUACUCCUAUGGCAAAUUAUUUCAUCUAAUAUUAUGCAAUUAAUAAAGUGAAUAAAUCAUUAUAACAAAUGAAAAAAAGACAACCGCAACAGCAAUAAAAUAAGAAUGAAAAUGUCUCUUCAAAUAUGAAGAAAAAAGAAAAUAUUUGGUAAAGUUAUGAAAAUACAUUAUCUGACAUGUUUGACGGAAAGGGAUAACAAAUAUUAGAAAAUGAUAAAAACGAACCAAAGUAAGAUCGGAGCAAAAACACCAAAAAAAAGGUUGGAUUUUUAUGA